GCAUACUUGAAAAUGAAACCGGUUUAAGAAAAAUAAUAAUAACUGGUCCUUGAAGUUUGAUUGUAAGGUAUAUAGCUCUUAUCUUGAGGACUCACUGCAUUCAUUUGCUGGAAGACCUCUCUUAAUCCUGUAGCCCACGUCUGAUUUUGGGGAAAAUGUCAACUUAUUGUUUACACAUUUUGUUGGUAGGUUGUGCUUUAUAUGCAAUAUCGAAAGCGUAUCCAACAGGAGCACCGCAAGAAACUUGCAAAAUAUUCACUGCUAGCCACACAGGUCAUACAGCUCAAAAUAGUCAAUCAACAUAUACCAUAACAGCUAGCCCAUCAACUGUGGCUUCUGGAGGAACUAUCACAGUUACCCUUCAAGGUAAUGGUGAACCAUUUAAAGGCUUCUUUAUCCAAGGACAAGACAAAAAUUCCAAGAAACCAGUUGGAAAAUUCCUAAAACAGUCUGAAGCUCAAACCAGAGAUUGCUCCGGAACAGGAUCACAAGAUGCUGCAACACACGUAAACGCUAAUAAUAAGAGCAAAAUUCUUCUUCAAUGGCAAGCUCCAUCAGAUUACAAAGGAACUGUGGUGUUUAGAUCCGUUGUUGUGAAAACUUACGAACUCUUCUGGAACAACGUCUAUAGCAGCCCUAUAACAGUGGCUUAAGCUUAAAAUUUCUGUAACAGGUGGCUGGAAAAAGCUGUUUCCAAAAGAAACUAAAGGCAGAAAUCACAAAUGUAAUAUGAUAUAUAUAACAACUUCAAAGUUCAGAAACAAUUACAUUCUUAUAAAUCAAUUGGUUUAAAUUUAUUGGAAGCUUUGUAAGCAAUGUUCCGUUCUUCCGUGUCAAAUUUACAACAGAAAUAAAAAUUUUAUAUUUUUGUAAAAAA